AUGCCCAGCGCAACGGCUUCCGGAGCUGAUACGGGUGGCUCGGCUCGAUCUCGCGAUCAUAAGCAGGGUAACCAGGGACGAUCUUUCACUCCAGACCAAGAGGCAGCAGUUAUUCGUAUCCGAAGAUGCGAGGCCACUGCGUUUUAUGACAUUCUAAAUCUUUCGACCGUCAAGGACACAUGUACCGAGGCUGAGAUCAAAAAGGCUUAUCGGAAGCUGUCGCUUCUGACCCACCCCGACAAGAAUGGACACCCUCAUGCGGACGAGGCCUUCAAGAUGGUCAGCAGAGCUUUUGGAAUUCUAGGCGAUAAAGAGAAGAGGGAAAAGUUUGAUAAGUUUGGCACAGAUCCUGAUAGUAGAUUCGCCAGCGCCCAGGCGAACAAUCCUUUCUUCAAUCAACGAGCCGGUGGUGGUGGUAUGGGUAGAGGUGGCCCGAUGUUCCAGGAUGAUUUGACUCCGGAGGAGAUGUUUGCCCGUUUCUUCGGUGGAGGCGGCUUUGGUGGUGGUCCAUUCGGAGCCUUUGACACAGGCCCUCAAUUUGUUUUCAACUUUGGAGGAGGUCCUGGAAUCAGGGUUCAUCAGUUUGGCGGAGCUAGGCCGAGAACGCGACCCCGAGAAGCCGAUCGCGGUCGACAGAACGAAGGCAACGCUUUCCAAACGUUCCUGGGUCUACUACCCAUCAUCUUAUUCUUUAUCCUGCCCAUCAUCACAUCCUUCUUCUCCGGCGAGACUUCAACAACAUCGGCAUCAGGACCUCGCAUGGUCUACGACAACCCCCUACAUCCGUACACGGAGCAGCGCACGACACCGAAUCUGAACGUCAACUACUACGUUAACCCCGACGAAGUUGCCAAAUAUUCCGAAAAGAAGCUCAACAAGCUCGACCGUACGGCUGAACAUCAGCUCUUAAGACAUCUCAAGAGCGAGUGUGAGAACGAGUUGAUAUACCAACGGAGAUUGAAGGAUGCCGCCCAGGGAUGGUUCUACCAGGAUCCCGACAAGAUGGCACUCGCACAGACAUACACGAUGCCAUCUUGCGAGCGGUUGUCAAGCCUUGGGCCCACGUCAUCGUUCGCGGCCCGUGGCUGUGGGGGGAAUGAACCUGGAUGGGAAGAUGUAGGACCCCGCCGCGAAGGACAAGCCUCCUCUACAGAUAAUCCGAACCCUCAAGCUGUUCCUGCGGCCCUCAGACCUGGAAUCGCUUUCGAUAACCAAGAUGAGCAACAGGCGUGGGGAGAAGCGAGGACACAACCAAAUAACCUGCAACAAUCUCAGGAGACGCCUGCGGUGUUAAGACCAGGCGGAGACAGACCAGAAACGAAUCCUUUUCUACGAAAGAAAGUACCCUCAAGACAAGAAACACCACCGACGGAAUCAUUCUCGAAACUUGGUAUUGAAGAACCCAAUACGAAUCCAUGGCAACCGGCGAUAGAGGUGCAGAAUGUACCAUCAGCUCCGCAACCGAUUCCAAACCUCAUGGACGAUGGUCCACCUAGAGGCGCAUGGACACCAACACCAGAACCGCUACCUGCUGGGCCACCUGGUAUGGUCUCACUGCCUUCUGGUAGGGAAUCACCUGCUUGGGAUGAGGAUCCUCUGAGGAGAAAUGACAAACCUCCUGCGCCACCUAUGAAACUCUCUGCAGAGCUUACUGGAGACACGAAUAUCUGGGACGAUGUAGGUGGCGCCGAUAAGGGGAAGGCCAAGGUCACGGGGGAAGCCAGGCCAGCAUCUCCCGAUGAUUGGAAUCUGAUAGAUUCAGAGCCAUCGCCGAGCCCCAUGAAGGAACCUGAAGAGGAGAAGCCGCCCUUGCCGCCGAGACAACCAACGCUACAAACUGAACCAUCGAGUUGGAGAGCUUCCAGAGACCCGAUUGACGGAAAGACCGAGACUUAUCAAAUUAAGAAUAUACAAUGGCAUGACUCGACCUCGUCAAAGAACCCACGAAUAUCUCCAAUUUUGAUCCAGAAUGCAAACGGGCCCUGUCCUCUUGUUGCUCUGGUCAAUGCACUUACCAUGACAACACCUGCCGAUGUCGAAGAUACUGCACUUGUACAAACCCUUCGCUCAAGGGAACAAGUCAGUUUGAAUCUGCUUCUGGACGCUGUUUUUGACGAACUUAUGUCACCACGACGAACCAGUUCUGAAGAUGCAUUGCCAGAUGUUGGAGAUUUGUAUGCUUUCUUGCAAAGUUUACAUACCGGCAUGAACGUCAACCCGCGCUUCGUCCCUACAGAGAGUAUGAUAAAUGCUUACAAGCGUACAUCGUUGACACAUUUACAUCCUGCUGAACGGGGAGACCUGAUCCCAGGAACCUUUGAGAACACGGCUGAAAUGGGUUUGUAUGCCACAUUUUCGAUCCCAUUGAUUCAUGGAUGGUUGCCACCAAAGAAUGAACAUGCAUAUGAAGCACUGGAACGGCAAGCCGUAUCAUAUGAAGACGCACAGAAUCUCCUGUUUCGAGAAGAAGAGCUCGAACAGAAGUUGUCUGACCCUGAAGGUGGACUCACAGAGGAUGAGCAGCAACUUUACCAAGAUAUUGUCAUCAUCAAGGAGUUCUUGGAUAAUUCUGCGACUCAACUUACGCCUUGGGGCAUUGAAGUUAUUGGUAAAGCCAUUAGGCCUGGUACAUUUGCCAUUCUUUUCCGAAAUGAUCAUUUCAGCACACUGUACUGCCAUCCCCAGUCGAUGCAGCUUGUCACGCUGGUGACGGACGCAGGCUUCAAGUCUCAUGAUGAAAUCGUAUGGGAGACACUAUCAGAUGUCAAUGGUGGUAACACCGAAUAUCUCUCAGGAGAUUUCCGGGUCGUGGGAUCUGGCGGUCUUGCUCCUUCGACAAGUGCAGGAAACUACUCCAACAACGACGGCGGAGAAUGGACGACAGUACAGAAUCGGCGGGGAAAGGGGCGAAAUGAGGAUGAGCCCCCUAUGAGCCCCAAUGCCGAACAGGAAGAUAGAGACUUGGCUCUCGCAUUGCAAUUACAAGAGGAGGAAGAGGAAAGACAUAGAGCAGAGGAAGCACGAAGACGAAGAGAGAGCAUGCUUUCAGAGCAAUUUAUCGAGCAACAAGCCUUUCAACCAGCAAGUGAAACACGUGGCAACCGUGGAGGUAGAGGUGGAAGAGGAGGACAACCUGCAAGAGGAGCUCCACGAGGUGGAGGCGUCACCAGAGGAGCCACCGGUCUCGUUCCAGGACGCAACAGCUCCCCUAGAAUACCCGCCCAAAGAGUGCGAUCCCUCAUCCCAGCUCAAUCACCGAGACCACCCGUGUCACGACCAGCGGAUGAAGCAGCAGACGAUGCGCCGCCGUCCUACGAGCAGUCGGCCCACGACAGAACGUAUCAGCCGCCGGUAGGACACCCGAGUCAUCCGAGCAGCAGCCCUACGAUAUCGAGGCAGACCACUGCUGCGAGUGUGAAUUCGUCAAUGCCAGUGGGGCAGAGACCUUUUGGGCAGUCUGCAGGCAGACGGCCUUCGGGUCCAGGGGUGGGGGUAAAUGGCGGGAGCAAGGAAUCUUCUGACCCUAAGGCAAGGUGCAAAAAUAUCUAG